UUCCGCAUCACGCUACCCACCACUUGCCAGUCCCUCCACGCUCUUCGUCGUCGUCAUUGUGUCUCACGUCUCACGGCACUUUCGGUCGACGACGACGACGACGACGACGACGACGGUCGCUCCUCUAGCUCGUCUCUUCGUUACCGUCUCUUCCUCGCGUGCACGGCGGACUGAGGACUCUCGCUUCUCAAACGAGAGAGCAGUCCGGACAUCUCCUCGCGCCGGCUCACUCUCCAAGUCUGCUCUUCAAGUUCUCUCCCGACUCGGGUCGUCGUCUCCACGACGAGAGAGAUCUGUCGAGUCCUCCGGUCGGAUAUCUCAGAAUCCCGGCGCCGUGCGUCGGGUGAAUCUCAGUGGUGCUGUUUUUUCCAUGAGCGAUCCGGCGUAGAGCCUUCUGCGAGCCGGCAGACUCCUCUCUCUUCCGGAGAUCGUGUUCCUCCCCCCCGCGGAAGAUCAUCCGCGAUCCUCCCGCGAAUGUCGUCGCGCCCGAGCCGCCACCGGCCGUCAUCGUCCUCAUUCUCCGAGGACGCGUCCGGCCCGUCGAUGAGGCCCGUCAACCGGCAUCUCGCAGAUCCCCGCGAACGGCAUGACGGCAGCAGCCGGAGUCGCGAGACCACCUAAGCUUCCUAGACCCCCGUGAGACCCCGGACGGGGCCCUCGAUCGCGGUGACGUCACGAUCUAAGAAUCAGCGAGAGACCACGGCGGAGGGAUCGCGCGACUUCAAGAUGGCAGAAACACCCGAGAUGGAAUCGCCUUCGGCCCGUCAGGAUUGUCUCGUUGAGGCCCAAGAGGAUUCCACCUCAGUGGAGCCCGAGCCGGGAAGCGCAUUACCGCCGAGCGAAACGACGUCGUCGACGACGGCGGCGGCCACGCCGCCAGCAGCAGAUGACGUCGCCGAGGACGAGCGGCGAUCUGUUAUGCAAAACUCGUGCGAAAAUCUGGUGAUGGUGUGCGAGAGACUGGACGAGAAACCCGAUGACGCGGGACGACCCGAGGACGAGCAAUCGAGCGAUUGUUCUCGCGCCUUGAAGCAAGAGGCGGAGAAGGAGGUUGACAUGGGUCCGAAAAUGGGGAAGGAGGUCGGCGAGGAGGACGAAGGUGAUUCGACGGAGGAACCUCUCGAACCCGAAGAGCCCUCGAAAGUGAAUUCCGAGGAUGCGGAAACCGAAACCACCGCCAGUGUCUCCCGGAAGAGGCCGGCCGGCAGCGAUUUUCUGCCGAUCGGCGCGGAGAUCAAGCGGAUCGGCGUCGAGAUCUCGGAGGAGGAGGCGACGCAGCGGCGAAACGACGUCAGGCGACUGUCGCCGGUGCUGGUGAGCCAGCGGGAGCGCACUCUGGGCGAGGUGUCCUUGACCGCGGAGUCCUGCCUCUUCGGAAUGGACAACGACGGAACGGGCGAUGACGCAGAAUCGCCAUCUCCGCAAAACGAGAUUAAGGACGCGAUUGUCGAGAAGGAAACACUCGGGAGGAUCGACGCGAGUCCUUUGACGGAGUGCGCGAGCGGCAAUAACGAGGACAUUUCGGACCGCGCGAUCGGAAAGGUGAAUUACGACAGCGAAGAGGAAAUUCUCGGCGCAGCUUCUUCCGCGUCUUCGAGGUGCAACGGCUUCGACGGCGAAACGGCGGAGUUGCGUCCGGACGAUGUCGCGGAUGCGAACGACGAGAUCGCACCCUGCGCUCUAACCGAGAAGAGCAUCGUCGAAGGGAUGACGAGUCCGACACCGUCGAGUCCCUCUUGUCGACGUUUGAUGGUGGUGCUGAACCGCUGCGAGGAGGCGGAUUUGAAGAAGAAAGAAAUCGAGAAGCUCGGUAAGGACGCGUGCGAUCGUGUCGCGGAAAAGAAUUCUCCCGAAAGCAGAAGUUCCGUCGACGAGGAAUGCGACUCGCAAAUUAAGGAAACUCCGAAGAAGCAGAGAUGGCAGGGGGACAACAACUGCUCGCCGACGACCAGAUCGAAAAGAAGCGAGUCGAUGGAGAACGUACAGAGUCCGGACAGUAGUCCGGUCUUGAAAAACUGCACAGUUGUGUUGGAGCGAAUGAUCGAGAUGAGGCAGCAGGCUCACUCGGACGAUGCCGAAGAGGACGCGAGAAUUUCGAAGAAAGUCGAAAAGGAGUCCGCGGCACCGGUGGCGGUGAUCGGUAAAUUGGGGGAAAACGAGGAAGUAGUGUUGACGAGCUCUUCGCCCGCCGACGAAGACGCGCGUGCAUCGCACGAAUUAGAUUCGACGGAGACGAUGCCGAGCUCGCCGGAGGAGACGCAGGAGGCGCCGCCGACAGACGUCGCCGAGGCAGUCGACACCGAGACGGAGACGGAAACGGGCUCGGACAGUUCAGAGGUGUCGCUCAGCAUCGCGGGCAUCCGCGAGCUGCGCGACGUCGACGUCGCGUCCUCUGAGCUGCCCUGCUCCGAAGCGGAGCGAGGCGAGCUGUGCUGCGUGGAGGUAGCGAUGGCGCCGAUCAUGACGAGGCUGGAGGCCGAGCGGCCGGAGCCCUACACCGAAGACUCCGCCGAGAGCCUGGCCCUGGCGACCGGCGCUAGGGAUGAAGUCAGAUCCGACGGGAGUGACUCUGGUUUGGGGAACGAGAUCGUCGGCGAUCCUGGACCGGCACCGGCUCCUGAAAGCGAUUCGGAAACAUCCUUCCUCGACAGACUGCCGGACGACAUCCUUUCCGAUAAAGAGAAAGGCGUGAACCAGCUGGACAGCUUUGCGGCGUCGUCGGGCGCGUCCGGGACGCCGGGUCAGCCGCCUCUAACGAGCUUCCGAACGCUACCGGCCAAAAGUAACCUGAAGCGCAGAUUGACCGAUUGUAUGGAGAGCGAUGAGUCGCGCAGUAAUGCCGACGAGCCCGUAAAGAAGAAACGCAACAUCCAGUUUGAUGCCGUGACGGUCUAUUACUUUCCCAGGGCGCAAGGCUUUACUUGCGUACCUUCUCAGGGCGGCAGCACCCUGGGCAUGAGCGCGACGCAUACGCACGCCGAGAGAUUUUCGCUGUCGGAGCACGCUGCCGAACAGCGCCGAAUUCAUCGCGCGCGUCUCGCGCAGCUGCGCUCCGAGCGCAGCUGUGCGACCAACUGCGUGACGAGCGAGACGGCGUCGAGCUCCGAGGAUCCAAGCGACGACACGGACGAGGAGCCGAGCGACAAUGAGGAGCUCGACAUCGACAGCUAUUACUUCCUGCAGCCGGUACCCACGUGGCAGCGCCGGGCGUUGCUGCGCGCCGCCGGCGUCCGGAGAAUAGACGCCGUCGAGAAGGACGAAUGCCGCGAUAUACGCGCCAGCCGAGAGCACUGCGGUUGCGGGUGCAAGGGCUACUGCGAUCCCGAGAGCUGCCCUUGCAGCAGGGCCAACGUCAAGUGUCAGGUGGAUCGGCCGGGAUUUCCUUGCGGUUGCACGCGCGACGGCUGCGCGAACAAUUCGGGCAGGAUCGAAUUCAACCCAGUGCGGGUGCGAACACACUUCAUUCACACGUUGAUGCGACUAGAACUGGAAAAGAAGCAGCGCGAGGAGGAGGGCGGCGGCGAACACGAUCGUGUGACGGACAAUCAAGGGCAAGGCGGCCGGGCUGGCGGUCCCCUGAGAGAAAUCGGUUCCCUGGGUUCCGUCAUGGACACCGGAGGCGGUGACGCGUGCGCGCUUCCGGGCGCGGGGCCAGGAGGCGGGGGCGGGUUCACGACCUUGCACUACGAAACGGGUCACGACGGCGGCGUGGUGACGGCCGGUUGUCAACCGGAAGUGCCCGGCACGCGGGAGGACAGUCUGGACCUGUACGCGAUCAGGGACGACUGUUACGCGAGCGAGGACGCGGUGGACGGCAGCCAAUCGGUGGUCGGGGUGCAGCGUAAGCUUCACCCGGAAUUCAGUCAAACCUUCCAGAGUUUUUCGCAGAAUAGCGGCGGCGGAGGUGGCGCGGGCAGCGGCGGCGGCGGUGGAGGUGGCGGCAUGAGCUUCCAGCAGUCCUCGUAUCAGGACUACGGAUCGCCGUACGCGAGUCUGCCGUCCACGUCGCGAGUACCGCAGUUCCAGCCGGCGCAGUUCCAGUCGCCGAACAAUCCGGCCGCGUUCGCGCAUUACGGGCCUUACGGCGGCGCCCAGGACGCCGCCAACGCCGCGGCGCUUCAAGGUGCCUGCGCGCAAGCACAUCAGAAUGUUCAACAGCCACCGCAGCAGCAGCAACAGCAGCAGCAGCAGCAGCAGCAGCAGCAGCAACAGCAGCAGCAGCAGCAGCAGCAGCAGCACUCGUCGUACGAAUCGACGGUGUUCGCGCAGGAGGACGCCGCGAGUGCCGCGCAAUAUACCAAUCUCACUAACUCGGUGCAGCCGAUGAGCGCGAGCGUGGUGCAGCAGAUGCAGCAGGGCAAGCUCGAGCCGUUCUCGGAGCUGCUGAGCGGCCGGUACUCGUACUACGGCGAGAUGCACGAGCCGCAGCCGCAGCAGCAGCAACCGCAGCCGCAGCCGCAGCAGCAGCAGCAUCAUCAUCACGGCACUUACGGCACUCACGGUGGUCACGGGACGGUCGGCAAAGUUGUGGAGAUGGUCGAGCCCGUCCAGGUGACCGGCGAGCAGCAGUCUUCGGCCGCGGCCGAAGACUGCGAUGAGAAUUUCGGCGAAAUCAUCAAGAAAUCCAUGGUGGAGACCGUGUCCGCCUAGACGGCGGAAUCUUUUUCGCGGCAGGACCGUUCCGAGUAAACACCGACGUCGCUCGAUGCGCGUCGCGACGAACCAGGAGGACGAGGAACUUGAUUCUUUAGCACGUGAAAGUUCGGUCUGCUUUCGGCCGAACGGCGGAAUUCGCCGAGUACGAAUAUACUCGGAUACACACUCGGAGGCGCGGCUUCUCCCGAAGCCCGGAAGAGAGCGAAAUUCUUCGGAUCUCGUCUGAGUUCAGCGGCGACUUCGAGGACGAUUUAGACGAAAAAGGCUUCCGGGGGUUGUUGACAGUUCACCUCCCCCGCGCGCGACACGCGAACAAGGGUCAAUGUAAGUGCCCUCCGAGGGAGAAGGAAGAUCCUCCGGCACCGAACUGACGACAAGCGGGUCUCGUUACGGAGGUCGUUAGGCAAUUUUACGGCUACGACGUGUGCGUCCGCCCGGGAUGGAGAAACUCGUGACGUCAUCGUCGACCCGCGGAAUCGAUACGCCGGCUGGAAUCAACUGAUUUCGCGACCUGGAGAGACUCGGACGAUUUUUACUGCGAUCGAAGAGUUUUUAAAAUUCCUUCCUUUGCAGCAGAAGUUAGAAAACCUUCCGGAUCGUGAAAUUAAGCGACUCAUUCGGUGUAGAUCGACGAUAAUGUCAGCGAGCGAGGCGACAAGAAUCAGGGCCUGGAAGAGUCCGAAGCAGUACUCUGCGGGCCUCGGAUUCUCGUCGACAUUCUUCAAGAGCGAUCCGUAAGCAAUGGUGGGAAGAGAUUCAACGAGGUUGUGACCAAGAAAUAACAUGGGAUCAGCUUAGAUUGCAGUUUAUAAUAUCUAACUUUAAUACCUUAAGCGUAGAGCCGAUCGACCGGAAGCGGGUCGCAUUUCUUUUUAAGCGAGCCUCGGCUCAGAGGCUGCGCUCGCGAAUAAUGCAUCGAUCCGGAGAGAAUUUGCUCACUCUAAUUCGAGAGAGCCAUUUUGGAAUGUCAAAUGUCAAAAUUUGCAUCGUCAAAAUAUUGCAACAUAUUUUAUUUAAUGUUUAAUAUUUAAUGUAAUUGAAAUUUAUAUAAUCUGUAUUCGAUAUUUUUCUAAUAUAAUAUUUUCACUUUAUAUAAUUCGAUAUUUUUAUAUUGAAUUUUCUACCUGAUCCUUUAUGAUAUUUUGUACACACAAAAAUAUGUCUGAUUUAUUCAAUAUUUUAUAUAAAGCAAAACAUUUAUAUUCAAUAAAACUUAGAUAGCUUAAGAAAUUAAUUCUCAUUUUUAUAUCCAAGCGCUUAGAAUCAAUAAACAUUAAAAGAUUGAAAUUUUAUAGAGUACAAUGCGUCUCUUGGUCGAAGCGACAUUCCACAGUGGAAAUUCCGGAUCUCUUGAAUCUUUAGAGCCGCCAAAUCGCACUCCGGAGCGACAUUUCGAGUCGUGAAGCAGCAGAACGAAACAGCUUUUCGCUGAUCGUCGUU